CCCGGUCGAGCUCCAGGUUCGCGCUGCGCCGCCGCCUCCCGCUGCCGCCGCCUCUUGGCGAGGCGAUGAGCGGCUGCCCUGAUGGAGCGCGCCCGGCUCUUCGUGGCGCUCGACGUGCUGUGCCUGGUGAUCGCUUCUCUGCCCUUCGCCAUUCUGACCCUCGUGAACUCCCCCUACAAGCGUGGAUUUUACUGCGAUGACAACUCCAUCCAGUACCCGUACAAGGCAGACACCAUUACUCAUGGACUGAUGGCCAGUGUGACUAUCAUCUGCACCACAUCCAUUGUUUCUCUUGGUGAGGCGUACCUUGUUUACAGGAAGCGCCUAUACUCGCGGUCCGAGUUCAACAAUUAUGUGGCUGCGCUCUACAAGGUUUUGGGGACAUUCCUUUUUGGUGCAGCUGUUAGCCAAUCGCUGACAGACUUGGCCAAGUACAUGAUUGGACGACUGCGGCCGAACUUCCUAGCAGUCUGCCAGCCUGAUUGGUCGAAAAUAAACUGUUCAGAGUAUGUCCAGCUGGAAGCUGUGUGCCAGGGAAGCAUCAAGCAUAUCACCGAGUCCAGGUUAUCGUUCUAUUCUGGACAUUCUUCAUUCGGAAUGUACUGUAUGAUGUUUCUGGCGCUCUACGUACAGGCCCGCCUGGUGGGACGAUGGGCCCGGUUGGUGCGCCCAACGAUCCAGUUCCUCCUCAUCUCCUUUGCCAUCUACGUGGGCUACACCCGAGUGUCAGACUACAAACAUCACUGGAGUGAUGUACUGGUGGGCCUCCUCCAGGGGGCGCUCAUCGCUGUUCUUGUGGUCCAAUAUGUAUCCGACUUCUUCAAGCAGCGCUCACCGCCUCCGUGUGAUGAGAAAGAGACCGGGCGCAAACCCAGCAUUCCCCUCACGCCUAGCGACCCAGAACACAACCAUUACGGCUAUCGGGCAUCUACCUGAACGGCUGGCCACUCCGGAAGGGGUGGGGCUUCUACUGGGCGCCCAGAAACUGUGUUGGGUACUUCUGUGGAUGGGAUUUGUGUCUGAACUUUCCUGCAAAAGAGGGAUUCCUUUUCUUCCGUUCACAGUUCGCUCUGAGGCUGAAGUGCCCUUUUUUACUGCAUGGUGCCAUUUUCUGCACCCCAGAAUUCUUACGUGCUCCACACCCAAAGACCUUAAGUUUUCACAGAAUGCAGAGUGUGUGUGUGUGUGUGUGUGUGUGUUUUGUAGAAUGCUCAGCAUUUGUACGCGUGCA